AUGUCUCGUGGUGCUUUGAUAUUGAUAGAAGGUUUAGAUAGAGCAGGGAAAACAACACAAACUGAAAGACUUGUUGAAAGACUAAAGAAAGAAGGUAAAGAUGUUGAACUUAUAAAAUUUCCAGCUCAUUUAUUAUUUUCUGCAAAUAGAUGGGAAUUAGCUAAUGUUAUUAAAGAUAAAUUAACACAAGGCAAAUACAUUGUAUUAGAUAGAUAUGUUUAUUCUGGUGUUGCAUAUACAGCUGCUAAAGGGCUUGAUCAUCAAUGGUGUUUAAAUCCAGAUAUUGGAUUACCAAAACCUGAUUUAACUUUAUUUUUAAAAUUAAAUGAUUCAAGUAAUCGUGAAGGAUUUGGUGAUGAAAGAUAUGAAGUUAAAGAAUUUCAAUUAAAAGUUAGACAACAAUUUGAAAAAUUCUAUAAUGAAUCAAAUUGGAAUACUAUAAUUGUUGAUGGUAAAAAUAUUGAACAAGUUGAAAAUGAAAUUUGGAAUUUAUUAGAAAAAAAAUUAUUUGAACCUGGUGUUAAUGAUGAGAUAAAUAAAUUUUAA